UAAACUAGACGGCUACAUUACAAACUUUGUUGUCUCAUUCUUAGCACACCCUUUUCAGCAAGGAAACAAUUAAAUUAACUUAUUAGUUUGCCAUUUAUCGAUCAAAAUGGACAGUAUAGUGAAGUUGGCAUCGCAAAAGGCAGUGGUUAUCUUCAGUAAGAGUUCAUGUUGCAUGUGUCAUGCAAUAAAGAGGCUGUUCUACGAGCAAGGCGUGAGCCCUAUGAUCUAUGAGAUUGAUCAGAUUCCAAAUGGUAAGGAAAUGGAGUGGGCUCUCAUAAGAUUGGGGUGCAAUCCUUCUGUGCCAGCAGUGUUUAUAGGUGGAAAUUUUGUGGGCUCGGCAAGUACUGUCAUGACUCUUCAAAUCAAUGGAUCGCUAAAGAAGAUGCUCAAAGAUGCUGGAGCUCUAUGGCUUUAAUUGGUGAUAUAUCUAUAUAUGUAAGCU